UUUAAUUUGUUGAACCUACUUACUAGUCAAAGUCAUAUAUACCUUACUAAUUAUAAGACUAGUAUACAAGUAUCAAGUAUGUAUAUUUAACAAGUUAGCUAGAUUGAUAACUUAGCAAUAGGUAGCUUGCACAUCUUUGUUUGUUUGUUAAAUGUUAUUUCCCAAACUUUUGAGUCUUUGAUCGAAAAGCAAAAUAGAAAUAAUAUAUCCGGAUCCAUGGGAGAUAACUCAAGCUUAGUAUCAAUAGCCUACAUGAACAACUCAACUUCCGUACCACCAUGGUUAAACAAAGGCGACAAUGCAUGGCAAAUGAUCGCGGCUACACUUGUCGGGCUACAAAGCGUACCGGGACUAGUAAUCCUAUACGGUAGCAUAGUAAAGAAGAAAUGGGCAGUGAACUCUGCUUUCAUGGCACUGUACGCUUUCGCAGCAGUAAUCAUAUGUUGGGUUACAUGGGCUUAUAAGAUGUCAUUUGGGUAUGAACUCCUUCCCUUUUGGGGAAGAGCAGGGCCAGCCUUAGACCAAACAUUUCUACUAGGUCGGGCUAAGAUCCCGGCCUCAAAACACGGGAUAUACCCAAUGAUUGAGCCGUUUUACCCCAUGGCAUCCAUGGUGUGGUACCAAGGGAUGUUUGCGGCGAUCACGAUGAUACUGUUAGCAGGGUCGUUGUUAGGGAGGAUCAAUAUAAGAGCAUGGAUGAUGUUUGUACCACUUUGGUUGACGUUUUCAUAUACGGUCAGUGCCUUUAGUUUGUGGGGUGGAGGGUUUUUGUUUCGAUGGGGUGUCUUGGAUUACUCUGGGGGUUAUGUUAUUCACGUUUCCUCUGGCAUUGCUGGCUUCACUGCUGCUUAUUGGGUGGGGCCAAGAUCGAAUAAAGAUAGAGAAAGGUUCCCUCCAAACAACAUAUUGUUGAUGUUGGCAGGGGCAGGGCUACUAUGGUUGGGAUGGUCAGGUUUUAAUGGUGGAGGCACAUUUAGCGCUAAUGUAGACUCUUCUUUGGCUGUCCUUAACACCAAUAUUUGUGCUGCCACAAGCUUGCUCAUGUGGACUUUACUUGAUGUCAUUUAUUUCGGCAAACCUUCCGUCAUCGGAGCUGUUCAAGGCAUGAUGACCGGCCUCGUCUGCAUAACCCCCGGCGCUGGGCUUGUCCAAGCAUGGGCAGCAAUAGUGAUGGGGAUACUAUCAGGAAGCCUACCAUGGUUCACAAUGAUGAUAGUCCACAAACAAUGGAAACCAAUGCAAGCCAUCGACGACACACUUGGAGUAUUCCACACACACGCGGUAGCUGGACUUCUAGGAGGGAUAGUCACGGGCCUCUUUGCACACCCAGACCUGACAAAGGUAUUCUUAGGGGUACCGGAAAACAAAAGAGGUGCAGUGUACGGUGGUGGAGGAGGAGUUCAAGUUGCAAAACAAAUAGUAGGUGGUUUAUUUGUCAUAGGGUGGAACCUUGUGUCAACAUCUAUAAUAUGUGUGUUAAUUGGAUUGAUAAUCCCACUUCGAAUGUCAGAAGAGGAGUUGCUAAUAGGAGAUGAUGCUGCUCAUGGUGAGGAAGCUUAUGCAUUGUGGGGUGAUGGGGAGAAGUAUGACUCUACUAUCCAUGCUGAUGAUAAUAAUAUGCAAAACACUAGGUCUAUUGGUGCAACUCAAGUUGUUUAAUCUAAUGUCAAGUAUUACUAUAUAAUGUAUGUAACAUGGUUUGGAUUUCAGUGCGAAUGUAAAUUGCCUAAGCUUUGAUAGA